UGUGACUGGGGCAGUACUCUGGACAGCGCCCCCUCCUUCAGGGCUGCGCUAUAUUAGAGAACAACACCUGUCAGGAACUGGGAGGUCCCCUCACAGACACCACCUUGACGGCACGCUGUGAGGACUUGCAGACUUUACAAUAUUUUUUUAAAGGUAUUGAAGAAAAAAGAACAGCGGAGCAGAGCUAAAAUGCGUGAGUGUAUCUCAGUCCAUGUUGGCCAAGCUGGUGUCCAGAUGGGCAACGCCUGCUGGGAGCUGUACUGCUUGGAGCAUGGGAUCCAGCCAGAUGGCCUAAUGCCCACCCAGAAGCAGGAUAAGCGGCAUGAUGACUCCUUCACCACCUUCUUCAGUGAAACUGGCACGGGGAAGUAUGUGCCCCGAGCCAUCUUUGUUGACCUGGAGCCCACUGUCAUUGAUGAGGUACGUAGUGGCAGCUACCGCCAGUUGUUCCAUCCUGAGCAGCUCAUCUCAGGCAAAGAAGACGCUGCCAACAACUACGCUCGUGGCCACUACACCAUUGGCAAGGAGGUCAUUGACUCAGUCCUGGACCGUAUCCGUAAACUGACUGACCAGUGUACUGGGCUGCAAGGUUUCCUGGUUUUCCACAGCUUUGGUGGAGGAACUGGGUCUGGCUUCACCUCAUUACUGAUGGAACGACUCUCUGUGGACUUUGGCAAGAAGUCCAAGCUGGAGUUUGCCAUCUAUCCAGCUCCCCAGGUAUCCACUGCAGUGGUUGAGCCCUACAACUCCAUCCUCACCACUCACACCACCCUGGAGCACUCCGACUGUGCUUUCAUGGUGGAUAAUGAGGCCAUCUAUGACAUCUGCCGCAGGAACCUGGACAUUGAGCGUCCAACCUACACCAACCUCAACAGGCUUAUUAGUCAAAUAGUCUCCUCCAUCACAGCCUCACUGCGCUUCGAUGGAGCCCUGAAUGUGGACCUGACGGAGUUCCAGACCAACUUGGUGCCUUACCCCCGUAUCCACUUCCCCCUGGCCACCUAUGCCCCAGUGAUCUCUGCUGAGAAGGCCUACCACGAGCAGCUGUCUGUGGCUGACAUUACCAAUGCCUGCUUUGAGCCAGCCAAUCAGAUGGUCAAGUGUGAUCCUCGCCAUGGCAAGUACAUGGCCUGCUGCCUGCUGUACCGUGGAGAUGUGGUUCCCAAAGAUGUCAAUGUGGCCAUUGCAUCUAUCAAGACCAAGAGGAGUAUUCAAUUUGUAGACUGGUGUCCCACUGGCUUCAAGGUGGGCAUCAACUACCAGCCACCCACUGCAGUGCCUGGAGGAGAUCUGGCCAAGGUCCAGAGGGCCGUGUGCAUGCUGAGCAACACCACUGCCAUCGCUGAGGCUUGGGCUCGCCUUGACCACAAGUUUGACCUGAUGUAUGCCAAGAGGGCCUUCGUCCACUGGUACGUGGGAGAGGGCAUGGAGGAGGGAGAGUUCUCUGAAGCCAGAGAGGAUAUGGCUGCCCUGGAGAAAGACUACGAAGAGGUGGGCAUUGACUCAUUUGAAGAAAAUGAGGAGGGAGAGGAAUAUUAGGGCAGUAAGUAUCACUAAAGCCAAAGAAGCAUUUGCAAGAUCUUCAAGAAACCAAUUUUUUUUACUAAAACACCUACAUUACUAUAAACACUCUUCAGUGGGACAGUUAAGAAACAUGAUUUUUCAUUUUUCAUAUACCGAAAUGUGUCCCAAAUCUCUUCUAUGUGAAAAGACAAUAAACUGUUAAUAAACAAUAAACAGUUUUAAUUUUUGUGAUUACCAUUUGUU